AUGGGAGAUAAAAAGAAAAAGGGAGAUCAAGUAGAAGAUUUCUCAACAGAAUAAUUAAAUAAAUUAUAUCGGAAACGAUGUGAAAUUAAUGGAGUUCCUUUGUGCAAAAUAUUUAAGGAAAGAUUAGAAGCUGUAUGUUCAGAAGGAGAACAUUUAUAAAAUGUAAAACUGUGGGAAGAAAUGGGACCUGUUGGUGUUAGAGCAAUGAUGGAAUCAUUUACUGAAAUAGGCUAUAAACAUCUAAAACAAUUAAGAUUAUGGAGAGUUAAAUGUUAAGAUGAAGGAGUCAGAACAAUAUGCAUAUAUAUAGAUAAAGUUCGAUUACUUGAAGUUUUAGAUCUUUUAGAUAAUUAAAUUGGAGUUUUAGGUAUUAAAUAUAUCUAUUUUAGGAUGUAAAUUCUUAGCAGACAUUCUACAUCCUAAAUGUGAAAAUAAAUUAGUAAAAUUAAAAUUGGAUCAUAAUUAAAUAGGUUCAGAAGGUUUGGCUGAAUUGGCUAAAGGAUUAGCUAUGAAUAAUACUUUAGAAAGUUUGGCAUUGAAUUAUUGUGGCAUAGAAGCUGAUGGAGCAAGAUAUCUUUAAGAUAUAUUGGCUAAUGUUAAUAGCAAAUUAUAUAAAUUAAAAUUAAGCGGAAAUCGUUUAAAAAAUGAAGGAGCAUAUGAAUUAUUUAGAGCAUUGGAAAUUAAUAAUACUCUAGAAAGAAUUAAAUUAGCAGAUAAUCAAUUUCAUUCUGAUCCAAGUGAUUAAACUUUGAUAAAUAAAAUACUAUCUACUUUUGAAUUAAACAAAACACUUGGAUAUUAUGAUCUCAAAUUUAAUUUACUUAGUGAUGAAGGUAUAUUUAUAUAUUUAUAUAUUUAAAUAAUUAGAUGCUACUAGAAUAAUUCCAUUAAUUGAAAAAAAUAAGUCUAUCUUUUUUAUUGAGAUUUCAGAUUAAAUAUCCAAACCUUUGACUGAUAAAUUGAAAUCAUUAACAAAGAAAAGAAAGCCAAAAAAAAAGAAGAAGAGUAAAAAGAAGAAGUGAA